AUUUUGGAUACUGAGGCAGAGGAAGAACCAUGUAGUGAUCUGGAAAAAUGGUCCCAACCAAAAUCAUAUGACACGAAAAUCAUGAUAAAUUUGUCACGAUCAGACAAUAUAUCUUCUGAAGUAUCUGAAUUAGAGCAAGAUGAUAAAAAUGAUGAG